UCGUAAAUAUUAUAAAUUAAUAAGUCGCAGUAUUUUAAUUGUCGAAGUUGUAGAUUCGUAGGUUCGAAGACGAUAUGGAAUUACUGUGGCACCAGAAUCUAGGGCUUGAAUUAGAUCAAUAUACUAUUUUGCUAGUCAUACUAGGUUUAAUGAACAAUACGCUGUGCUUUAAAAGUGAACAUAAUAGCGUUAAAUUGACGAAAGGAAACACGAAUACUUAUUGAUUUCUUAUGAAUGACUUUAUGCCCGUUACAAAAAUACUCAGUUCCUAUCCUUUUAAUAUUCCAUAAAAUAUAGUCGUCAUUAAUAAACGCAACAGCCCACGUUUUCUGAAUUUCCCGAAUUCCCGUUUCACAAGGACGAAAGGAAAAUCAAUAUUCUAGUGGAAGAUCAGCACUGUGGGGGCAACAGGAAAAUGGCGGAAAACCGUGUGUUGGCGACAUAUGUCUUGGAUGGUUACCCAAAAGUGUUUCUGUGAUAAUUUCGGCCCAUCUGCAUAACAAUAAAUAUGGUAAUGCUGCUUUAUCAGUGGGGACAAGAAAUGACUGAGCAUUAAAUCGUAUAGCUGAAAUUGCUUGAACAGAUAAUAGUUAUAAAAGCUACGAUGCCUCUCACAGACAUUUUACGACGGGCUUCAACCUACAUUCUUGGCUAUGAAGAAGCGGCUGAAAAAAUGAUGAAAUAUGAUAAUAAUGAGGUACUGUUUUGCAAAAAUAACGUUUGUGUGCAUCCACCAGCUAUGGUAAGACAUGAAAAUGAUAUUCUGCAUAAUCCAGGAUAUUUAACAGUCACAACGAAAAUAUUUGUUGAUCAAUAUAAUGACGUGAAACGACCCACAUUAUUCCUCACUUGGAUUCCAAAUACCGAUUUAUCAAAGUGCACGACGCCGCUUCAAAACACAUUGCACAAAAAGCAAACCAGCUUGGAAAGUUUGACUUCCAACGACUCAUUUAACAGUAGCACUUCAGAAAAUGCGCUUCGACCUUCCAGUAUUGAGCUGAAAAGUACGAAUCCCUUUCUGAACUUUGAUGACAAAAUAGACACUUCUGAGUCGAUCAGUUCGGAGGAGAGCGACAAGAAUACCACGGGAAUCAAUAUAAAUGUGGACAUUUCGAAUCCGGAAAUAGAAAUUAUUCAAACACCGGAUAGCAUCAAGGAUCCGAUAGAUCAGUUUGAGUUUUGCAGAAGCGCCAGCGUUACAUCUACAGAUAGCCAAUACCCUUGGAUUACUACUCCGGAAUAUUUGAUGCAGAAACACAAUCUUAGUUUUCCGGAUAGUGUUAAUAAUUCUCCAAUAUUGCACCCAAAACGCCUACAUAAAUGCAGGAGAUUUAGCGUGGACUUGAGCCAGAUGAGAUCUUUACG